AUGUGUGUUCCAUACACGGGGAGUGAGGCAUGGACAAAAUCACUGGGAUAUAAGAUUCGGGAUGAAUGGAGGCCUUGGACACUAAAUGGACAAGUUGCUGGGUACCUCCAAGGAUAUGACAACAAUCUCACCUUUAUCACCAUCAAGGGAUCUGGACAUACUGUCCCCGAGUACAAACCACGCGAGGCAUUGGCAUUUUAUACGCGCUGGUUGGAGGGCGAGAAAAUUUGA